AGUGAAAGAUUGGGGGCGGCAGCGUGAAGAGACGGGGGUAAAACCGCAGGUCACUUCCGUCUCCCAUUCCUUCCGCCGACCCGCCAACGACCGAACCCUCUCUUCUGCCGAUGACGGAGGAUUCCGAGGAUCAGAAAAUGACAGCGUUGAAGAGGGCAUACGCAGACAUGAUCUUGAACAUGGCGAAGGAAUCGGCGUCUCGUAUUCUUGAAUCGGAGCGCGGGGCCAUCCGGUUCCAGCACAGCCUGUCCCUCACCAAGGAGGAGGCUUUAGCGAUGCUUCUCCGUCUCAAGAGCAUCAUGGACUCAGAGAUUAAAGAAGCAGAGAAGGCAAACUUAGGUCAGGUAAGAAAGAUUCAGGAGCUUGAAGGUCGGCUCAACAAAGCAAAGGAUACAAUAGAUUAUCUUAGAUCUGAAUUAAAAAUAGUGAAAACUGAGUUGGAAAAUAAAAAGCACACCCAAGCUAAGCUUUUGGAUGAACAAAGUGCGGAUGGUGAUGCCACUUAUGACAAUGACUACUGCCAAGAAUGCAAAUCUACUUCUCAUUCACUGCUGUGUUCUAAGAGUGGAUCUACAAAUGUUCCAACAUCUGGCACUAACUGCACUGCUUUAAAGGAUCGCACUGCAUCAAAAAAGUCUGCUGGCAGCCAUGAUUUAGCAUCCUUUGUACCAAGCAGCAAAGAACCAGAGCUUUAUAGAAAUGGUUGCACCCAAAGGAUCCGUGCAUUUGAACAAAAUCUUUUGACUGGGAGAGGGCAGCCUGGGCAAAGUGUUGACUGGUUGUCAAUCUUAAAGAACAAAGCAACUAUAUGUGACAAAAGAAAUGCUGAAAGACCUAAAAAUGUAGAUCUUGCCCUGGCAGCUAAAACAGUAAAUCAGGCGGGGAACUCCUUUGAGUCUAAAGAAGUGACCCGGCAAGCUAGCAGCUCUGUAAAUUGCCAAGCUUUAGAGUUCUGCAAGCUUUCUUCAAUAAAACAAAGAACUAGAUGGAAACUAGCAGCAAAGUGUAGAAGCCGUGAUACUGAUCAUGAAAAGGAAGAUUAUGAACCAUGCGAUGUUGAUUAUUUGAGGACUCUUUCUUCGAUAAAACAAAGAGCAAGAGGUAAGCUUGUUAAGAAGUCUACCGGCUGCAGUACUUCGUACGGCAAGUCAGGUCAUGGAUCAUCUGAUAUUGAUUGUUCUAACAUUGCUGGGAAAAAUAACCUGACUAAAUCUUGUGAAACUUUGCAUGGGGCAGUCAGUGAGGCACCUCAGAAAACUCAGAGUUCUCGUAUGGCUCAUCUAUCUACUGGAAAUAGUAAAACUUCAAAAGAUAGUGAAAGUAACUUGAGCAGAUUAUUAAAUAAUGAGAAGCCUGAGCUUUUGAAUGGCAAUAGUAUAAUAACGACCAGGAGAACUGUAACAAGACAUAAUUGGCAUUCUGUGAACCAAAUUUGUAGGAGCCUGCAGUCUAGAACUGGACAUACUGGUCAAGAAAAUAGUGUCAGGGAGCCUCCUUUGUUGAGCACAACUAACACUAAUGAUGAUGAUACUAAUGGCUCCUUGCCGAUGAAUUGUUCAAAGUUAACAACAUCAGAUCAUAGAGUAGCAGUGGAUUUGGAUGUUUCUAUGCAUGAGAAAAAAGUGACCCAUGGAACAGGCAAUGCUCUAUUCGAAAAUCCUGAUUUGAAGGAUGAGAAAACUUGCAGGUCGAGUGGACCUGCUGAAGCUGGAAGUUAUAGAAUUCUCAAGACAUUUCAGAGGAAGCGGAAGAGAGAAUCUCCAGUUAGCAACAAUGAAACUGUUUCUAUAGAAAAAAGGAGUGCAUCAAAAAUGAUGGGAGAUAAACAAAUAGCCUCGCUGGAGCCUCAGAAACCUAGUUUAGUAAGGGAGUCAUCCAGAGACAGUAGGAGAGUGGCACAGGUUGCUCGUCAGCUCAUAGCUUUGUCCAGAAAAAGAUGGUGAACAAGUUGCUUCCUGACCAAUCCAAGGAACAUGUGGGGGGACCUUUGGAGGAAGGCAUAUAGACUGUUUCGGAUGUUCAGGACUGCGACUGAUUGAUGCUGAGAUUAUGGUUUCAACUGUUGCUGCCAGGUAUUGCGUAAAGUAGGCAUGCAUGUCUGUACCAUUACUGCAGGAGCCUUCAAGGGAAUAUUUGAAAGACUGACCGCACAAGAAUCAUAGGAUAUGAUUCUAUUUAUGAUAGUUCAUGCAGUAUAUUAUGUUUUGUUUAUUUCUUUUUCCCCAAGAAUAGGCAUUGAGAGUCAAUUUACUGUGGGCAUCCCAUUUUACAAUUUCUUAUGAUUGGUAACUUUUACAUUAAAAAGCAACAGUAAUAUAUAUUGGAUUAAUUCAUGUAUUAGCUUGCAAAAAUCCUAUAUAUGUAUCUAUACCUUCUUGA